UUUAAAAAGACCAAUCACAACCACAAGCUUUAUGUGGAAAACAUAUCAUAACUUGGAUAUAAUUGAGAGGCAUUGAGCUUCUUGUAUCAUGCAUAUACCCUCUUCUUUAAUAGCUUAAAUAUAUACUACUACUGCAGUAAGCACAAAUUAGGAAAUACCAAUUUCUUCAUAUUCCAUCUUGAUCAUGGCUUCUUUUUCUGCCGCUGUUCUCUUACUCCAGAUCUUUGUAUGUUUUGAAGCGGUUGUUGGUGCUGCUCUGCAAAAGCACUCCAAUUCGAUAAGCCCGGGCACUUCUCUCACCCCCAUCACUCAACCCAAUUCAUGGCAAUCACCUUCCCGCCGUUUCGCCCUUGGAUUUUACCAGCAAGGCAGUGGGUUUUUAGUGGGAAUUUGGUUGGUGGGUGCCUCACAAAAUAUUACAGUAUGGACUGCUAAUCGUGAUUACCCACCGGUAUCCUCAAAUGCUAUGCUGGAAUUCACUACCAAAGGUAAGCUUCUCCUGAGAACAGGGCAAAGUGAAGAUAGAUCAAUCAGUACUACUGCCUCUGCUUCGUUUGCUUCCAUGCUCGACUCUGGAAAUUUUGUGCUAUACAGCAAGGAUUUCGUUGUCAUCUGGCAGAGUUUUGACUUUCCUACCGAUACCAUUUUAGGAGGCCAAAUUCUUCCAAAUGGGCAUUCGUUGUUUUCUAGUUUUUCUGAAACAAACCACUCCACUGGAAAGUUUCGCCUCAAGAUGCAGUAUGAUGGGAAUCUGGUUGCAUAUCCUGCAAGUACAGAAGAUAUAUCGGUAGAUGCUUACUGGACUACGACUUUGAGCUACCGGCGAGGUUGUACUGCUUAUACAAGGUGUCGUGAUACUUUGAACCCCCAGUCUCAUCUUGAUCUAAAUAGUAGCAUUUAUCUAAAUAGUAACGGUUCACUGCUGCUCAUCAACAACACUGAUUCCACCACAAUCCAAUCAUUGAGUCAUUCAUCUCAUAGCAACAAUACAGUGGUCCACCGUGCAACCCUUGAUAUUGAUGGAAAUUUCCGAUUGUAUUCUCAUCCCAGUGUCAACUCUGAACCAGUGAUAGAGUGGAAAGCAAUUGACAACAUGUGUGAUGUGAAGAGUUUCUGUGGUUUCAACAGCUAUUGUACCUUGAAUGACAAUAAACCUUACUGCAGUUGUAUUCCAGGUGCUGAUUUUCUUGAUCACGAUCAGCAGUCUACUGGCUGCGAGAGGAAUUUUACCAAAUUAACAAGGUGCAAAGACGGGAAAAAAAAUGAAUUUUACGACAUUAUUACCAUGGAUAAUCUUAAAUCGGAAGACCGUCCUUACUAUGAAGCAGAAAUGACCAAGGAUGACUGCAGCAAGUCCUGUUUGGAGGACUGUCUUUGUGACGCAUCAAUUUCUAAAUCGGGUUACUGCAUGAAAUUCAUGCUUCCACUGAGAUAUAUUAUGAGGCAAUCAAGUGGUGCUGAAUACUCAAGCAGUACUAUAUUCUUCAAGGUGGGUACAAAAAGUAUUAGAAGCAACAACCAUAUUCCUCCGUAUCCACAAUUGGUGGUGACCACAAGCAAGAAGGCAUUGAUGAUAAUUCUUGUUCUAUGUUUGAGCUUGGUUACCUAUUCAUGCUUUGCCCUUGCAUUCUCAGGCCUUUUCAUUUUUAAACACCGUGUUUUAAAGUACAGAAUGCUGUUGGAAACUGGAAGUUCUGGCUUAAUUGAGGAGUUCACCCUGAGGUUAUAUUCUUACAAUGAGCUUCGAAAGGCUACCAAUGGCUUCAAAGAGAAGUUGGGCCAAGGCUCUUUUGGAACAGUUUACAGAGGAGCUUUGUACAAAGGUAAAAAACUAAUUGCAGUGAAGAGGCUAGAGAAGGUUGUGGAAGAGGGCGAAAAGGAGUUCAGAGCAGAAAUGCGAGCAAUUGGGAGAACUCGUCACAAGAAUCUAGUCCGGUUGCUUGGCUACUGCGCAGAGGGAUCAAAGAGGCUUCUGGUCUAUGAAUUUAUGAGCAAUGGGUCACUUGCAGAUCUUCUGUUUCGGGCUCAAAGGCGCCCAGAUUGGACUGAGAGAGUGAGGAUUGGACUGGAUGUUGCUAGAGGGAUCCUUUAUCUACAUGAAGAGUGUGAGGCCCCCACCCUGCAUUGCGAUAUAAAGCCUCACAACAUUUUGCUGGAUGAAUUCUGGACUGCUAAGAUCUCUGAUUUCGGGUUGGCAAAGUUAUUGAUGCCAGAUCAAACAAGGACUUUCACGCAGGUCAGAGGGACUAGGGGCUACUUGGCACCCGAAUGGCAAAAGAACAUCCCAAUAACGGUGAAGGUUGAUGUCUAUAGCUAUGGAAUAGUGUUGCUAGAAAUUGUAUGUUGCAGAAGGAACAUAGAAGUCAAUGUAUUAGAACCAGAGGAGGUUGUUCUUUCCAAUUGGGUGUACAAGUGCUUUGUCGCUAGGGAAUUGAACAAGCUCGUGGGCGGUGAAGAAGUUGACAAGAAGAUAUUGGAGAACAUGGUAAAAGUGGGACUAUGGUGUAUUCAGGAUGAACCGGUUCUUCGUCCUUCAAUGAAGAGCGUAGUGCUGAUGCUGGAGGGGAUUACUGACAUUGCCACCCCUCCGUGCCCAACUAAUAGCUCCAUGUAAUUAAUAUCAGAAUUCACUGUAGUAGUUUAUGUAUGUUAUUUUGCUGCUUUCAUGUAACGCCUAUAUUGUUAUUCUGUACUUCUAUUUUCCCUUAUGAUGUAAAAGCGUAUAAUGCAAGUGCUAUUAUAAUUGUAACUAAACAUUUUGUUCGACUCACUCAUAUAUAUAUGUAUACAGACUUGUAUAUGUAUGCAUUAGUACUAUGUG